AUUAAACGGUGAAAAAAUGGCGACGAACUGGAAUACGCAACUUCCCCCAGGCUGGGAAGCAAGAUGGAGUGAAAACGAACGGAGAUACUAUUUUGUCGAUCAUGCGACACAUCAGACAACGUGGUAUGAUCCAAGGCUUGCUCCUGUGGCAAGAAAUGCCUCCCCUGCAGAGCAAAUUCCACUUCAAGAAUUCCAACCCAGUCAACCAUCAACAUCUUCAACUGGCCAUAAAAAGGAGACAAGUUUCAAAUAUUCGAUUGAAACUGCAGCAGAUGAAAGCGAGGAAGACGAGGAGUGGAGAGACACCUUGCUGCGUAGCACUCUGAUGCAAAGUGACACAAAAAAACACCUUUUAUUUCAUGAGAAAAUUAACAUGAAAGAAAAAUUUAAGAGGGAAUUCAAAGAAUUAGAUGCUGCUGUUGUAGAAAACACAGUAGAACAGAAUGAUUAUGAUGAGGAUAUCUCCCGGGCGACACUUGAAUCGUUGAAAGAUGCUCACGAAGAAGGAGAGCGCAGGAAAAGAGAAGAAGAGGAAAGAAAACGGAGAGAAAAAGAACGAGAGGAAAAGCGAAAGGCGGCCGAAAGGAAAAGGGAAAUAGAGAAGUGGAAGAAGGAAAUGAAGAAAAAGAAGGAAGCUGAUGAAAAGAAAGGAGCUGCCGCGAAGGCCGAACGGGAAGCGAAGAUGAGGGCCGAACGUGAAGCGACGAUAAAGGCCGAACGUGAAGCGAAGAUGAGGGCCGAACGUGAAGCGAAGAUGAAGGCCGAGAGAGAAGCCAAGAUUAAGGCGGAACGAGAAGCUGAAAGAAAACGUUCUGCGGCUGCCAUGAAAAAAGCGACGCCGACAGCGAGUGCCACUAGGACUCCGCAAGAGACUGAAAUCAGAGCGCCGCCCACCUGGAAACCGGUUUAUAUCUCGCCAAACAGGUUACAGUCGGUUGGACCACAAGCCUCGUUAAGAAAAGGUCCUGAUCGGCGUAAUCUCGUUCAUUAUGCUACGAAUGCAUCAGGACCUAAUCGUUCGCUAGUUUCUGGGCCUCAAAUGUCCAACCGUAAGGGGCCAAGUUCGCUGGAAGGGAAGGUCUCCAUUAGCAAAGGGCCCCAAUCAUCGCUUCGUCAAGGUCCCCAAUCAUCGCUUCGUCAAGGUCCCCAAUCAUCGCUUCGUCAGGGUCCCCAGUGUCGACUGGUACACAACCAAGAACGCUCAACAUUAGCUGGACAACUAUCACCGUUCGUGUAUGCUGUGUGAUCAUAAGAAACAAACGAAGAACGAGCUAGAAUUAUUCGUAUAUAUGACGGCAGAAAUGAUAUGUGCAAAUCUAACUUAAUUUUAAGGACGAAACCUUGUCUGUGCCUAGAGCCCGUUUUCCACUAGGCGAAUUUAUUUGUGCGAAAAGAUAAUCAAAAGUCUCAAUGAGACGACUCACGGAUGCACGAAUAGCCGAUUAAUUGUUGGCUAGUAGACUAACCAGAUCAACAAGUUUUUAAUACUAAGCACGCAAAGCAGGUUGGUCGAGUUAAUGGCACUAAAGAAUGCGAGACGGUUAGCAAUGACUCCUGAUACAGUGAAAUACUCCUACGUGGUAUCCGUGAGUCAAAAAGUAGGAAGUUAAGCGAUUCCACUUUUUCGCGGCCAAUAUUUUUGGCAAACCAAUCACAUCACCGGAUUUCAGAUAUCGCUUCGUGUUGCGCAAAUAAAUUCGCCUAGUGGAAAACGGGCUAAAAUGACUUAAAUAUAAUCAGUUAAAUGUAACACCUAAUCCAUGCCUAACAUAGCUAAAUAAAUACAUCAAAGAUGCCUGCGGAGGAGGCUAC